GAUAGUAGAAAGAGGGUAUAUUUGCCAUUCGUGAUUCGCCGAAAACAGUCACUUUUUGAAACGUGGUAGCUAGGCUCGUGGCCGAUUGUCUACAUAGAAUCAGUCGCAACGCAAACUUUAGUGAGCCUGUUCGCUCGGGCCAUAGCACUUACAAUAGUCACCUAACUAUUCGCCUUUUUGCCCCUUGUGGCGGCUGUUUUUGUUUAAUAUUGAUAAGGAAUUGUUCUGCGGUCGCUUCAAUACUAUGUACGGCCUGUUGAUAUAGUCACGUUAGGGCGACUUUCAAGCUCGCAGACACACUCGGGAAAUGUGCGUGUGAUAAGGCAGUUAAUCAUUUAUCUGUAGAUUUUCCACCACGUGUUCUUCCCGCCCGCAACUAACGAGCUACCUGAAGCUACACGCUGGAACCGAUUUUUGAAAAAAAAACCCAAAAUAAGAGCAUACAUAUGAUACAUAUGUACAUAUGUCGAAACGAAUAAGAUAAAUUAGCGCCGAACAUUCACUCUUUGUAAUUCAACAUAAGAAAAGUGCGUGCGUGAAACAAUCCGUGAAAUUCCCUAAGUUCCACCGUUUUGAGAGAAUCUAGACACAAUGUGGGAUUGUCAUCUUAUUUUCGAAAAAUGUGUUAGCUAACGCGUACUUUACUAGUGAAUUUUCCGAAUAGCGAAUUAUUUAUAAAAUAACACUUCGUAUCUAAGUUUUAGUUAGUUCAAACUAGACCCAGUUCAAUUCAUCUAAAAUGGCUAUAGACCAUCAUCUUGAGGAGUUAAUGGAAAAGUUGGGUGACUUUGGGCGAUACCAAGGUUUCCAAUUUUUCUUACAUGUCCUCUCAGCACUGACCGCUGGUCUACACAUGUUAUCACUAGUCACGGUGGCAGCAGUACCUAAUCAUAGAUGCUUCAUUGAAGGGGUCGACACCAACGAAUCGUAUGCUCCAUGGAAUUCAUCAGCAAUCCUGGCAGCUAUUCCGUCAGAAAACGGUGUCCUUGACUCCUGUUCAAUGUACGAUAUUGACAACUCAACAGUGCCUUGCAGUUCAUACGUGUACGACAAUACUUACUACAAAUCAUCGAGGACAAUGGAGUGGAACUUUGUAUGUGAUAGGCGAUGGAUGGGAUCCAUUGCACAGACAAUUUACAUGCUUGGAGUAUUCACUGGAGCUGUGACGCUGGGCGGACUGGCUGACAAAAUUGGAAGGAAGGCGGUGUUUUGUUGGUCUGGAUUGCUUCAGCUAAUCUUAGGAGUAGGGGUAGCAUUCGUGCCGGAGUACUUUUCCUUUUUGGUUGUUCGAUUCCUAUACGGAAUUUUUGGUAGCGCUGGAAGUUACAUCACAGGAUUUGUAUUGACCAUGGAACUCGUGGGGCCGAGUAAACGAACGGUUUGCGGAGUGUCUUUCCAAGCAUUCUUCGCCAUGGGAAUUAUGUUAGUUGCAGCAUGGGGUGCCUUAAUCCCCGACCGAAUGCUUCUACAAGUGGUUUACGGGCUGCACAGUGUCGUGUUACUUGCUCAUUGGUGGAUUAUGGAUGAGUCGCCAAGGUGGCUGUGGAUGCAGGGACGGGCUUCAGAGGCUGUGGAUAUCGUAGCUAAAGGGCUAAGAAUCAAUGGAUCAGGGAUCCCCAUAGAUAAGGAAUAUUACAUCUCGAAAUCCAAAAUCAGAGUUGCAGUUGAAGAACCUUCGAGUGCAGGGUUAACCGAUCUGUUCAAAACGCCAAACAUGAGAAUGAAGACGCUAAACGUAUGCCUUUGCUGGUUCUCAAAUUCGUUAACGUAUUAUGGCCUCUCAUUGAGCUCCGGCAAAUUGUAUGGAAAUCCUUUCUUGAUCCUAUUCAUUAUGGGUCUAGUCGAAUUCCCAAGUUAUGCGGCGGUUAUUCUUUUGCUAGAUCGAUUGGGAAGACGUUCGAUUACAAGCACGCUCAUGUUAGCGGGAGGAAUUUGUUGCAUAGCAGCAGCUUAUAUUCAACAAGGAAGCACUACUGCCACCACCAUCGUCAUGUUAGGGAAGCUCUUCAUUGCUGGAUCUUUCGCUGCUAUUUACAACUAUUCAGCCGAACUAUUUCCAACUGUUGUUCGAAACUCUGCCAUGGGAUUGGGUUCAAUGUGUGCUCGUCUGGCCGGGGCUCUUACGCCACUCAUUACACUACUUGACUCCUUUGAUCCCAAGGUGCCUGCCGUAACAUUCGGACUGCUUUCCUUAGUGUCUGGAUACUGGGUGAUGUUCCUGCCGGAAACUAUGAAUCAAAUGAUGCCGGAAAGUAUUGAAGAUGGCGAGCAAUUUGGAAAGGGAGAUACUUGGUUUAAAGCGUGCCUUAAACGAAAGAAAUCACGUGAUACCGACGAUUACAAUCCUGAGCAAAUGGUGCCUUUACAAACGAUCGAUAAAAAAGACGGUUUUUGAUGUUAUUCGGAGGAGGAACCCCAAUUUUAGUAGAAUUGAACUAAUUCGAAAUUUCAAAAACGCAGAUAUUGAUAUUUUAUUGACGCUAAGGAAAAUAGUUCUAAAAUAAUGAUCAUUGUAAUUUUGUAAGUUCUUACGUAAUGAAUUAUAUUUGUUACAAUUGAAAGAAAUAUAUUUUUAUAGAUAUUGAUAAGAA